GUGAUGCUCUAUCAGCUCUACCAUUGUGUGAUGACGAAAAUAAACUCUCAGAUGAUUCACAACAUGAAACAGGAUCAAAAUUCUCUAUGUUGUCGAGUAAUUCAGAUCAAACUCUUGCUGAUAUCUUUGUUUCAAUGGCUGAUACAAACUCUUAUUUAUUUGAUAACAUUUUAUUAGCUCCAACAUCAUCUGUUACACGAUUAGGUGAAGCAUCUUUAACAUAUUUAAAUCAAGGACAAACGUAUGAAUUGAGAUUAAAUUCGAAAACACCAGAGAUUACAUUUAUCAAGACUUGUAUUCGAGUUAGUUUUUAUGAUAAACAAAUGGCGUUAAAUGAACACGAGCAUUGGAAUAAUUGGCAUCAAACACAUCCAGGUGAUAACCUUUUGGAUAUAG